AUGGGAGACCCUGGUCCAGAGAAAGUUACCAACGGUGACCACACCGUGAGCAGCACGAAUGGCACGAACGGCGUUGUGACCAAGAGAAAACGCCCGAUUGCUAUUGACGAACCAGUUGGUCUCAACGAGAAGACCCAUGCUAUCGGAUGGGGUAGCGAUGCCAUCGCUGAACAGAUUGCACGGUUGGACAUUCCGUACAUCGCGCUCUCCCCAGGAUCCAGUUAUCGAGGACUUCACGACAGUUUGGUCAACUACAAUGGCAACACCCCACAGAUGAUUGUCUGUUUGCACGAAGAACAUACGGUGGCAGUAGCCCAUGGGUAUUCCAAAGUCACCGAGAAGCCAAUGCUGGCCGCGGUGCACGCAAAUGUCGGGCUACAGCACGCUUCGAUGGCCAUCUACAAUGCCUUCUGCGACAGAGUCCCUGUCGUGAUUCUAGGAGCCACUGGACCUCUAGACUCGGAGAGAAAAAGGCCGUGGAUCGAUUGGAUUCACACCUGUACAGAUCAAGCAGCCAUUGUCCGACCGAGUCUCAAGUUCGAUGAACAGCCGUACUCAGUCAAUGCCGCCACCAAGGCUUUGGCUCGGUGCUAUCAAGUGUCGGCCACCAAACCCUGCGCGCCCAGCUAUCUAUGUCUCGACGUUUGUUUACAAGAAGACAAAUUCGACGCCUCCAAGGCGGAAUUUCCAGACCUUGAACGCAUGAAGCCACUCCCACCACAAGCACCCGCUCCAGACGUGGUAGAUGAAGUGGUUGCGCUAUUGGCUGAGUCUAAGCGACCGCUCUUGAUGUUCGGCCGAGUUAACCGCUCGCAAAAAUCGUGGGACGAGCGUGUUGAGCUCGCUGAGACAGUCGGCGCUUAUGCUAUGACCGACCUUAAACAAGGAGCAGCCUUUCCAUCGCGCCACCCUCUACACCCAGCCGCCCCUGCCGUUUUCACAACUCCUCAAAACAUUGAGUUGAUUAACGCGGCGGACUUGCUGAUCUCGUUCGACUGGGUAGAUCUUGCCGGCACCCUGAAAGCAGCAGGGACGCCGUUGACGAACACCAAAGUGGUACAUAUAUCUAUGGAUUCGAUACUUUACAACGGCUGGUGCAAGGAUCACUUCGCCGUCCCUCCUACGGAUGUUCCAGUGUUCGCCGACCCGGAUAGGACACUGAGCGCUUUACUCGCUGGCAUUAAAUCUGCCAAGAUCCAACCGAAGGCCUGGAGCGAUGUCGAAGCCACGAAGAGAUUACCACCACCGAGUAUGCCUGACGUCCCGGAGGAUAAGAUCCUCAUGGGCCAUCUUGCUUCUAACCUCUUUGAGGCACUCGGCAACGCAAACCAGGAAUACUGCCUGAUUCGAUUGCCCUAUGGAUGGCGAGGCUACGACCUCAACGCGACUGGGCCCUUGUCUUUCCUUGGAUUGGACGGCGGUGCCGGCAUCGGAUCAGGGCCAGGCCAGACAGUUGGCUCGGCAUUGGCCUUGAAAGACUCUGGGAGACUUGCCGUAUCGAUCCUCGGUGAUGGCGACUUCCUCAUGGGAGGCAACGCCCUCUGGACGGCUGCUCACUGCCGCCUUCCAUGCCUUAUCCUAGUCGCCAACAACCGCAGCUUCUACAACGACGAAGUCCACCAAGAGCGCGUUGCCCGAGCUCGCGAUCGGCCGUGGCAGAACAAGGGCAUCGGCCAACAGAUCACGGAUCCCACCCCUGAUCUCAACACAUUUGCCAAGUCGUUGGGUUUGACUGUGCCUGGCCCAUGUGUGACCGACCGCAAAGAUUUGCCAGGAAUGAUGGCCAAGGCUGUCAAGUUGGCCCAAGAAGGACAUUCCGUCGUUAUAGAUAUUGCAAUCCUCCCUGAUGGUUAUAGUAGUGCUCUGGAGAAGGCAAGAUGA